AUGGCCUUCGCAGGCCCCGUCUCAAACGGCAAAUUCUCCUUCGCUGUCGACAGUUUCUAUGUCGAAACCUCCAACCACAACCUGCACCGCCGCGCGACCGUCCCCGAGCUGCAGUCCCUCUUCGACACCAGUACCGCAAGCAAGACACCAGACCCCGUGGGACACUGGUAUGAAGCGCAGUUAUUGCAUUAUGGACUCGCACCGUCGAAAAACAAGGCUGUUGCGAAGAUGCGGUUGUUGGAUGCGGUGAGGGGCGGGGGUUUGGCGGUGCCGAGGGAUAUUGUGAAGAUUGAAGGGGAUUUAAAGAGGGAGUGGAAGAGGAGGGAUAAGGAGGCUAGGAGUGGUGGUUCUAGUGGUACUGGUGCUGCUGGGGGUGCUGGGGGUGCUGGGGCUAGUGCAAAGGCUGGCGGGAAUAAGAGGAAGAGGGACGGGGAGGAGAGCGCGACAGUUGGUUCCAGGGGAGGCUCGACGGCCGGGUCUAGGAGCAGUCAGAUUCCAGCAGCCUCGAUUGACCCAGGACCAGCCCAGCCACCUCGAACAAAGCAAACAGCGAAAUGCUCCAGGGGCAGGGGAGGCGCGACAGCUAGCUCCAGAGAAGGCAUUUCUCAGACUCCUGCGGCUUCAAUUGACAACCCAGAGCCCGCGCGGGGACCUCGAACCAAACAGACAGCACGUCGCUCUAACCCUUUCUUCGGUGACAGGCGUCCCACGGAUCCACUCUACAAGCAGGAAUACUCGACGCCUGAUUAUGGACCCAAUCCCAUGGACAUUGAUCCCCCUAGCGACUACUCGGAAAAUAACGGCCCCGACGAUGGCCCCGGCGAUGACUCAAGUACUCCUCUGCCCCCGCUAGGUCUGGUCAACGGCGAAUAUCAAAUAUGGUCAUCGGACUUAGAUCAAUGGCGCGAUUACCCAGAAGAAGAAUUCAAUCUCAUUCUCGGACUAGCGGGCAAUACCUUGUGGGGAUCAUAUGACUUCGGAAUGUUUCACGGUAUCAUGCACCUCGAAGAACGACCCUGGUCAUCCUCAUUCAAGAAGAUCCCGUUCAAAUGGCGCGGCCGUGAAAGUAGCGAGAGAGAAAUGUCCUUUGGACCGAACUGCACCGGCUGGAUUCAAUUUUACGGCGAGGGCAGAAUCUGCGGCCAAAUAAACUGUUACGGCAAUGUGAGGUUCUCGGGCCAGAGGAUCAGUGGCGAGGAAACACAGCCGCCGCGGAGUGUUCAGAGUAUGCGUGAGGAGUGGAAUGGGUACAACCAGGAGACAUAUGAUAACGAGAAUCGAGAGCGAUGGCGGUAA